AUGUACGAGGAAGAUGCAAUUCUGACGUAUUUGUGGCUGUGUGUAUACAACUUUUUGGGGCACCAUGUAGAGAGUUCCAAGAGUGAUGUGGGAGGUCACUUAUCAGCUAGAUGGUCGCAGCAGGUUCAGUGGCUCAGAGUUGGUUCAGUGAUGGACUUUCGUAAUCGUGGUGAUAAAAUUUUGGUUUCCAUAAAACUUGGGUGUCUCAGCGAUUGUCAGCUUGUCACAAAGUUGACAGCUGAAAACCUGUUAACAACCGUCAUAUCUCUGCUGAGCUUACAAUGUCUGGUUUCCUCAUCUACAAUUGGCGGACACCGUCGCCAGGCACGCCAACUGUCUCCAACAGACGACCAGUGCAACCACUCCUUCCAUAGCUUCUUGUGCAACCCAGCACCCAGACCAAGAACAACGAAUCCUGAGGGAGGUUCUACCUUCCCUGUGAAGCAAGAGUCAAAAUCUUCUGUUAUUGUUCCUGCCCCUUCGUUCGGGAUCAGAACCAUAGCAGCACCACCAGCGAUACAACCGGACUCUUCAAAUUCACCGGAACAGACAAUAGACGAUCCAUCGUUUGCUAACUGUGAGCAACACUCAGUUGUUGUGAAAACAUCAACAACUCCGAAGAAUGUACAUAUACUGGGCGAGAGUUCUUUUGCGAGAGAAUCUAAAUUAUCCCCAGGACCUUACUUGCCUCCUCGUGAAUCACCGUCACCUUCAUCAACGUUUCUGCAGCCAAUUGAAAUAUCUCUGCCACCUCACCUGCCAGAAAAGGAAAUUGAAUCAACUCCGAAACCUUUUCUUGAAACGUAUCACAAACCAUCAGCAACGAUUUUGAGCAAUGAAAACGUUCUACCCCCGUUCCAAAGUCGAAACUCCCAAUCGACCACAAUUUCACCUCGUCGUCCAAGUCCUAAACCCGAGAGACCACAGAUCGAAGGACAGGAAGGAAGUGCUCCAGAAUCAGUAAUUGCUACGGAUAAUGAAGUUGAUAGUUGCAAACAUUCUUUUCACAGUUUUUUGUGCACUCCAUCUUCAUUUUCUAGAAGCAGGAGACCAUUUAAUAAUUUGGGACAACCACCGUCUUCUCCAUUGACAGGAGAAAGUUCUUUUGGACGUCCAUCGAAGUUGUUACCUCCUGUAGCUCGGCCAUCUUCUCAGGAAACUAAGAUAUCAGUCGCAGAGAAAACAGUUCCGAUAACCGAAAGAUCACGUACAACUUUGACACCUGCAUUGAAAUCAAUAGCACCUCUAACAGAUUUGAACAUUUUUGCCGAAGCAGCUCAAAAUCCUGUUCAAUUAUUGUCACUUCAAGAUCAGAAACAACCGGAUAUUUGUAAAGACGCAUUUCACAGUUUCCUUUGCCAACCAAUAAAUUCAUCUCGAAGAAGACAAAAAUAUGGUGAAAGAUAUCAGAGUUCCAAUAAACUAACACGUGACCCGUCUGUUCCUUUAAGAGCAGACAGCUCUUUCAAUCAACCUUCCAAAUUAUUACCCAUUUUGAACCAACCCCUCACUACUUUGGCACCAAGUACCUCGUUCUCUCCACACUUCACACCAGAAACUGACAGUUUAUACCAGAAACCGGCGAUCUCGUGUAAUCACACAAAACCACCCCAGACAACGAACACACCCUUCGUGAUUGUGUCUAGUACAACACCACCGAUACUAGCUCCGAAACCAGAGAGUACAUUCAUUCAGGCUGCUAGGUUACCGUUUCCAAAAACCCAGUUCUCUACAUUGCGUACAAGUGAACCACAAACCUUUGUUCGUAACGACCCAGCGGCACAGACUCCAGAUGUAACUGUUCUAAGACCGAACCAUGAUGUUAAUCACGACCAUAGCCAUGCCCAUGAUCACGGACAUAAUCACCAUCGGAUCGACAUAUGUAAGGAUCCUUUUCACAGUUUUCUAUGCACGCCUGUCAUCCCGUCUAAAAGAAGACGACCUACAGGAGAACUUCCAGCAAGGUUUAGAAAUGCAGCAGAUCGAAAUAUUUUAGAGGCAGGUUCUUUCAACCAGCCCACAAAGGUCAUUCCACCUGACACGAAAAGUGUGACAAUUAUACCACCUUCAAUAAUCACAAAGAGUUCAUUUCCAUCAAAUGUACCGACCUACUCUCCCCAGGAGAAUGAUCAUCGACUCCAAUCUUCAAAAAACAGUCGUGUAAGAUUACCACCACAGCCGGCAACUCAAAUUCGGUCACAAAAUGAUGACCCUUGUAAUCGUAUAUUUAACACUUUCUUAUUCGAGAAAAAUGGAUCGAUAAGAAAUUUAUCUUCAGCGGAAGCUUUGUCACUGCCUCGUUCUAACCUGGAAGGUGCAAGUUCUUUUGAUAACCCCUCAAAAGUCUUACCAUCAUUGACCUUAAAUCCUCAGGGUACUGAAUAUAAAAACUCAAAUCAAGGCUAUGAAUAUAAUCCACCACCAAACGUACUUCAAGAUCCAAGUCAUUCGUUACGGGGAGAGAGUACAAUCGGUCAGACAUCAAAAAUAGUUGUACCUGUUAGUUCAACAGGAAGGAACAAUGAAAAUCUAUCAUUUGCAUCCAGGUUUAAAGAAUUUCCUGGAUACAGUUAUCAGGAACCAUCGAAAACUUUCCAGUACCCAAUAUCAACAUUACCAUCCACAACAACACGCGUUACGACAGAGGGUACUUCUGGACAAGGCACAGGGAAUCAUGAAAUCUCACAAGGUUACAAUUACCCGAAACCACCUCCAGAUCAACAAAUUUUACCUUCAGGGUAUAAUUAUCCUAUACCUGCACAAUCGUUUCAGUAUCCAGAAAGUUUACGAGAAAGCAGUUCGAUUGAAUCCAGGAAAACUCUUCCUUCAGUUUAUUUUAAUGGGCAAAAUACAAAAGAAGGAGCUUAUCAAACACGAAAUCCUGAAGACGCUUACACCACAACUGCAGAACUGGAUAUUCGACCAAGGUCUUUUGAGAAAACAGAUCAGAACUGUGAUCACUCGUUGCCCCGAAGAGCUUACGUCGACACACAAGGGUCCUCGGCUCCAUCUUCUCCGUCUGAAUUUGUGAGAGGACUUUCAGGCACAGCGAGUGUCCUCGCGGCUUCCAACGAACUUCCAGACAAAUGCAAUCACCCAUUUCUUGGAUACGUGUGCAAGAGAUCAAGCGAUGUCAAAACUCACAAGUGA